AAGGUCCCGCCUCCAGACCACGUGUGCGCCCUGCGCCACGCUUUCUGCGGCUUUGGGGAGGUUUUGUUCCGGGAGCCAGAUUUCUGGCCCGCGGUUUGGAGCUCGGAGCGGGCCCGGCCUCUGCCCGGUGACCGCAUCUCCACCCUAUUCCCGCCCUAGGUCGGCUCGGUUCCCAGCCGGGCCCCAGGCGCCAUGGCUCCCCGCGGGAAGAAGCGAAAGGCCGAGGCGGCGCCGGUCCCGGCGGCCGAGAAGCGGGAGAAGCCAGCGAGCGGCCAGAAGGGAGUGGAGGAGGCGAGUGUCGUUAUCGAGCAUUGCACGAGCUGACGCGUCUACGGGCGCAACGCCGCGGCCCUGAGCGAGGCGCUGCGCCUGGAGGCCCCGGAACUUCCUGUGAAGGUGAACCCGACCAAGCCUCGGAGGGGCAGCUUCGAGGUGACGCUGCUGCGCCCCGACGGCAGCACUGCGGAGCUCUGGACUGGGAUUAAGAAGGGGCCCCCGCGCAAACUUAAGUUCCCUGAGCCUCAAGAGGUGGUGGAGGAGCUGAAGAAGUACCUUUCGUAGGGAGGUUUGGGCGGAAGUCCUCACUCUGAGCCUUGGUCCCUGGUGAUGUUGGAGCAUUUAUGACGGGACAUGGCCAAACUUCAGUCAUGUACCUGAAGCCAUGGUUUCUUCCCCUCCAGAAAUGAUGGUUCAGUAGUGAGGCAACCCUCUAAUAAGGCAUUGAAAAGUUCCUGGAUUUUGUUUAAUAAAAAUUAAAAUAAAGUGUCUGCGUUGAUAUGAAAA